AUGCCAUUUGCCGGCCUUCUUCUUCCAGCGACCGUCUGGCUCACCCUUGGAUGCUGGGCGGCGCCUGCCAGCGAACAGGAGGAGCCCAAGUCUUCCAACGAAACCCGUCCGGGCUUCCUGGGACAGCUGCAAGGUCACAAGCGCGCCAUCUAUGCCCUGGCCAUCUCGCCUAAUGGCUUGUUGGCUUCCGGCGACAAGGAGGGCGUGAUCUAUGUGUGGAACCUCACGUGCAGGGCAAAGGUCCCCUCACGGCCAUGGCGCAAGCUCACGGGCCAUCGCUACGGCGUCACAGCCCUGUCUUUCACCUGGAACAGCAUGCUGCUGUCUGGAGCAGCGGACAACACAACGCUGCUGUGGGACCUCGCUUCGGGGACCAUCUCCCAGCAGAUCCCGCAUCCCAAAACAGUCUUCGGCAUUUCGGUCGAUCCUCGUGGAGAGGGUGGGUUCGAUGGUUUUGCCACAGCCGCCUGGGACGGCAACCUGCGCGUCUUCACGGCGUCCGGGGAGCAGCGAGCUCUACUUGGCGGCCACCGAGGAGGACUCUACGCAGUCGCCCACUCAGCUUUCGACGGAAACCUGGUGGCAACGGCUUCCGCGGACAGGACAGUCAAAGUCUGGGACGUGGAGAAGCAAACAUUGUUGUGGACGCUUUCCGGCCACAAGGAUCAUGUCACUGCCGUCGGCUGGUCUGACAAAGAGCUCCAGCUUGCCUCUGUGGGCUGGGAUCGGAGGUUUCGUCUUUGGUCGCUCUCCAAAGAAGAGGUUGCGGCCUGCAGAUCAUUGUCAAAGUGUUCCACAGACAUUGCGCCACGGCAUGUCCGACGCCAUCCCCAGCUGCUUUGGGCAGUGGCAUUUGCUCCAGGGGGUCGCCUGGUUGCUGCCUGCCAUGGCGCAGUGGGACAAUCGCCAACAGUUGUGCUCUACGAUGCGGAGAACGGUGCGGUGUUGCGGAGGCUCGGACGCCACAAGGACACUCCUCUGGCCCUGGCCUUCUCGCCUACGGGCGAAAUCCUUGCUUCCGCCGGCAUGGACCGGCAGGUGCUGCUUUACGACGCCGCCGAGCCCGCGGACGACCUUCCGCAGGGCGACCUGGAUGACGAGGAAGAAAGACUUCAAUGGCUCCAGGACGUGCAGGAUUUCCGCGAGGAGCGCAAGAGCCUCAACGCGAGCGAGAUUGCGUUGCUGGCACAAAAGCUGGCCCACCUUCAGAACCGUUCAAGGAACGACCAAGGAGAGAGAGGGUCCCGGACUCCGCAUCCAGCUUCGGGAGUGGUGGCCUUCUUGUGA